GGGCGGCCCAGGGGCGGCAGCAGCAGUGAGGGCAGCAGCAACAGUGGAGGAGUCUCUGCCACAGAUGUGUCUGCCUACUUUAAGCUGGUCUUCUUGGGUUUGAUCAUCUGUGUCAGCCUUGUAGGCAACCUCUUGGUCUCCCUGCUGGUUCUACGAGACAGGACACUUCACAAGGCUCCAUAUUUCUUUCUCCUGGACCUGUGCCUGGCUGAUGCAGUCCGCUCCGCUGCCUGCUUCCCCUUUGUGCUGGUUUCUGUCCACAACAGCUCGGCCUGGACUUACAGUGCCUUGAGUUGUAAAGUUGUGGCUUUUAUGGCUGUGCUGUUUUGUUUUCACGCUGCCUUCAUGCUGUUUUGUGUUGCUGUCACCCGCUACCUUGCCAUCGCCCACCACCGAUUCUAUGCCAAGCGCAUGACCAUAUGGACUUGCGCCGCCAUCAUUUGCAUGGUGUGGACUCUGGCCGUAGCCAUGGCGUUCCCACCUGUCUUUGAUGUGGGGACAUACAAGUUCAUCCGUGAUGAGGAUCAGUGCAUUUUUGAACACCGCUACCUGAAGACCAACGACACCCUGGGCUUCAUGCUCAUGCUGGCUGUGGUGGUCCUGGCCACCCACGGUUUCUAUGCCAAGCUGCUGCUGUUUGAGUACAGGCACCGUAAGAUGAAACCUGUCCAGUUAGUGCCAGCUAUCAGCCAGAACUGGACCUUCCACGGUCCCGGGGCCACCGGUCAAGCUGCAGCUAACUGGAUUGCGGGAUUUGGUCGUGGUCCCAUGCCACCCACUCUGUUGGGCAUCAGGCAAAAUUUACACAAUCAACACCGGCGGCUGCUCGGGAUGGAAGAGGUGAGGUCAGAGAGGAGGCUGGGCAGGAUGUUCUACACCAUCACCCUACUCUUCCUGGUCCUCUGGGCUCCCUACAUCGUGGCGUGCUUCUGGAGGGUGUUUGUCAAGUCCUGCGCCAUCCCUCACAGGUACCUCUCCAUUACAGUGUGGAUGAGCUUUGCCCAAGCUGGAGUCAACCCCAUCUUCUGCCUCCUUCUCAAUGAGGACCUGAGGAAAGUGCUGAGAGCUCAUCUGCCCACCUACUGGAGGACUAAACAACACCUGCCCCAGGAUGAGGCCUACUGCAUCAUGUGAUAAGAGAGUGUGUUAGGUUUUAAAGCGAAAUGUGGAGAAUAGAAGCGAUGUAAUGCACCUCGGUUAAGUGUCAGUGUCUCUUUUGUUGUUUUGCACGACAAAAUCCAACUUUUGCCAUCAAAUGCAGGCAUAGUGCCACAUGAUGAAGAAUGCUGAUAUUUGAGUGUCAAGUGUGUCAGGUGCAGAGGCUUGAACAAGGCAACAGAAAAGCCCUGGUAACACUUUCAUGGUUUGUAUUUCUGGUGAUGUACAGUAUGAUUAAUAUUAGGAAAGAUCACAACAAUCUCCACGCUAUGUGUGACAGAUGCCAUUUUAAAAUAAUGUUGCCUUAUUACAGAGGGACAUGCCCCAGAGCUUUCAGCUGAGGAAUAGUUUCUGUGUCACAUGAGGCACAAAACAGACACACAGACGGUUGAAAUCCUUGACGAAAUGUGCCAUGGAUUGUGGAUAGAAAGCAUCGAUGAGAGGGUUACUAACUCCGAACACAUCGAGGAGCUUCUGAAUGGAGUGACAGACCGACCUGGACGCCUUUUCAUGUAAUUCAAAGGAGACUGUAGAAUACUGAGUGGACCCGAUAACCUCGGAUACAUUUAAUUAGCUGUUGUGAACCCAAGAAACCCCUAACAUGCUUGAUUUUUUGGACUUGAUUUAGGGCGUGUCAGGUUUCUUUGUAUCAUAAAAAAACUGCCUGUUUUCCUUUGUUUGUAAACAAUACAUGUUAAGCAGAUGACACUAUUUUGAAAUAUGACUUGAUUUCAUAUUGUAUAGACUGUCCAGGAAUGUAUGUUCCUGCUUGUGUCUUUUUAUAUAGAAUUUGUGUGUAUGUGUGUAUGUGUGAUAGGAAGAGAAGAGAUGAGGGAAGGGGUAGGACGGAGAAAAAUAACAAUGAUAAAAUAGGUUCCAGUUGAGUCAAUAUGAAAACAGCCUCAUCUUGUGGUCUCAAAAUCACACAAAACUGAACAGUCAACUUAUGGAAAUCCAUUUAAAGGAUAAAUUUCCAUAACCGGAAAUGCAGUCUGCUUUUUAAUGCUAAUGUACAAGCUAAUGUGAAAUACAGAUUUUUUAAAAAAGGAGAGAGGAUUAUUAGAAAACAACACUUGUACAUUGCAAACAGGCCAUGUAAUGACUAAAAAUGUAAAUUACAAUGUUAAAAAACUCUUUAACAAAUGAGCUCUUAUUUGCCAAUGAUGAUCUUGGGAAUGUUUUUUGAAGUACUGGUAUGCUCUUAUGAAAAUCCAAAAAAAAAAAAAAGAAGAACUGAAGGUGCACUUAACUUGAAGGAAACUUGAACGUUAGCAGGCCCUCUUAUAUUUCCCUUCAACAUAAAUGUCAACAUCUGAGUGUCUGGUUCACGUUACAUUCAAAAUCAAAACCUCUUCAGGCUGGAUAAGACCCCAGAAACGUUUGAUGUAUGGAAACCAGCUUAGACUACAUUACGAUGUCUCUCCAAAUUAAGAUUCAUGUAAUGCAAAUGUCUGACCUACAGUAUGUUAGGCAUAGAUAUAUUUGUGCAGUCAAUUCUCUAAAUGUGGACAACUUGCACAGCAUACUGUAUUAGCAUGCAUUUCAUAGAUUCAAGACCGGAUUACAACUUGUACAGAUGUCGAUAUGGAAAGACAAAGUGAAAAGUAAGCUGAGGACUAAAACUUUAUUGUCUGGCAUUGCUUCGCGAGAUGAUAUCCUGUAACUGUACAGUUUAACUGAGGUGGUUCUUUUGCCCACUCAUCAAUAAAGACUCUACUUUUGA